AUGGUUGGAGGGAAGGAUGAAUCUCCGGGCGAAGUGGCCGCGUGCCCCCCGCGACGACAGUGGCCGCGUGCCCCCCGCGACGACAGUGGCCGCGUGCCCCCCGCGACGACAGUGGCCGCGUGCCCCCCGCGACGACAGUGGCCGCGUGCCCCCCGCGACGACAGUGGCCGCGUGCCCCCCGCGACGACAGUGGCCAGGUGCCCCCCGCGACGACAGUGGCCAGGUGCCCCCCGCGACGACAGUGGCCAGGUGCCCCCCGCGACGACAGUGGCCAGGUGCCCCCCGCGACGACAGUGGCCAGGUGCCCCCCGCGACGACAGUGGCCAGGUGCCCCCCGCGACGACAGUGGCCAGGUGCCCCCCGCGACGACAGUGGCCAGGUGCCCCCCGCGACGACAGUGGCCAGGUGCCCCCCGCGACGACAGUGGCCAGGUGCCCCCCGCGACGACAGUGGCCAGGUGCCCCCCGCGACGACAGUGGCCAGGUGCCCCCCGCGACGACAGUGGCCAGGUGCCCCCCGCGACGACAGUGGCCAGGUGCCCCCCGCGACGACAGUGGCCAGGUGCCCCCCGCGACGACAGUGGCCAGGUGCCCCCCGCGACGACAGUGGCCAGGUGCCCCCCGCGACGACAGUGGCCAGGUGCCCCCCGCGACGACAGUGGCCAGGUGCCCCCCGCGACGACAGUGGCCAGGUGCCCCCCGCGACGACAGUGGCCAGGUGCCCCCCGCGACGACAGUGGCCAGGUGCCCCCCGCGACGACAGUGGCCAGGUGCCCCCCGCGACGACAGUGGCCAGGUGCCCCCCGCGACGACAGUGGCCAGGUGCCCCCCGCGACGACAGUGGCCAGGUGCCCCCCGCGACGACAUUGGCCAGGUGCCCCCCGCGACGACAGUGGCCAGGUGCCCCCCGCGACGACAGUGGCCAGGUGCCCCCCGCGACGACAGUGGCCGCGUGCCCCCCGCGACGACUAAGUUUAUUAUUUCACGAGGUCAUGAGCGCGGGAAAGUAUCUGUAGACCCAAGAGAUUUGUGUACAGUUCCGAAGCUAAUGAACGGUACUGACCGGAUGUCCUCACUGACGGGUGGACGCUACACCUACUUGCUCUUGUAG